GUGGUUGGACAAGUCUCUGAAUCUCGUGGUCUUCGCCAACGGCCGCGCCGGGCUGAACGUGGAGCACGCCUGGGCUGACGCCCCCGUCCCUUCGCACAUGUGGGAGGCCGUGCUGGCCGCCGAGUGCUUUGAACUCGGCUACUCGGAGGACGGCCAUUGCAGAGGGACGCCAGACCCCACGCUGGGACCCCCGGAGCGGCUCCUGUGGACUGUGCCCGAGGAGGUGACCGCCUCCGUCCUGGUGGCCGUGCAGGAGGCCCGGGCCCUGGCCAGAGACACCCGGUGCCACGUUCUCGCCUUCGCCGGCUUUGGCCGAGGCUUCACCCGGCGCUGCCGCGCCCCCGGGAGCAGCUUCGUGCAGCUGGCCCUGCAGCUGGCCAGAUUUCGGGACCAGGGCGGCUUCUGCCUGACCUACGAGCCGUGCGUGACGCGGCUGUUCCACGAGGGCCGCACGGAGACUGUCCGGCAGUGCACCGCGGAAGCCUGUGCCUUCGUCCGAGCCAUGGAGGACGCGCGGCAGACGGACGCCCAGCGCCUGGCCCUUUUCCGAGCGGCGGCCGAGAAGCACCGGGCCCUGCGCCGGGCGGCCCUGACCGGCGAGGGCAUCGACCGCCAUCUCUUCUGCCUCUACCUGGUCUCCCGGCUCCUUCGGCUCCCCUCCCCCUUCUUGACGCAGGUCCGGGCCGAACGAUGGAAACUCGCCGCCAGCCAGAGCCUGACCCAGCGGCCACCCCUGUUCGAUCCAGCCCGGCAUCCCGAUUACGUUUGCUGCGGGGGUGGCUUCGGGCCUGCGGACGACGACGGCUACGGCGUGUCUUACACCUUCAUGGGCGAGAGCGCCAUCACCUUCCACAUCUCCUGCAAGGCGUCCAGCCCUGGCACGGAUGCCCGGCGGUUUGGGCGGCACGUUCGGGAGGCCCUGCUGGACGUGGCCGCGCUGUUCGGCCUCGGCGUCGGGCCCGGUACGAGGGCCCGGCCGGGAGAGGCGGCCGGUCAGCCCUCGGCAGAGCCCGUUCUUCGCCCCGCCAGCUGCACCCCGAGCCGGGCCGGCGAUGGCCUUAAAUUCCCCGAUCUCAGCGCCGAGCUCUCUCGGGCCUCAGGCCCCGCCAUUCCCCACCUCGAGCCCGAGUCCGACGGCCGCGAUGGCUCCCCACGCCCGGAGCAGCCUUUGCCUGAGGAAGGAGUUUGGGAAGAAGCCAACCCUGCCCUCCGCGAGCCGCGUCUGCCAGACGCCGAUGAGGAAAUUGGGGGGCCUCCGCGGUCGUGUUAG